AUGCCACUUGCGAUCAUGUCUCAGACUGCACUGAUAAUCAGCAAGCCUGGGGAGCCUCUGGAAAAAAUCACCAGAUCUGUUCCCGCCCCGGCUCCACAGGAAGUCUUGAUCAAGAAUCAUGCUAUUGGAUUAAACCCGCAUGAUAGGAAGAUUCGCGAUCUCGGGGCUAUAGUCCCCCUCGACAAGUUUCCGUACAUUACUGGCAACGAUAUAUCCGGUGUCGUCGAGACAGUUGGCGAAGGAGUGACCAAUGCCAAUGUCGUUGAUCGGGUCUUCACUCAGGCAGCUAGCACCUCGCUUGAUACUUCUGGGCUACAAGAGUACACCAUCACCUCUUCCGCUCUACUGGCCAAAAUCCCCGGUUCCAUGACGUUUGAAGAGGCAGCAACGCUGCCCGUCUGCGCCCCCUCCGUGGCCACCGCCCUCUUCCACUCCACCGGCCUCGGACUGCCACUCUUUGACAACAUCGCCGAGUUUGACUACCCAUCCAAGACAAUUCUCAUUCUCGGCGGCGGCUCCAACUGCGGGAAAGCAGCCAUUCAGCUCUCGCGUCUCGUCGGGUUCGGCACGAUCGUCACCGUCGCUUCAAAGAGCCCCGAGAAGGAAGCCAAGCUUAAGCAGCUCGGUGCCACCGUCGUCGUGGACCGCCACUCGCCCUCACUGCAGGAGGAUGUCCGCGAGGCCGGGGGCGACGAUUUGGUUUACGCCGUGGAAACUGUCAGCCAGGGCGAAAAGGGACAUACCCUCGGCGUCAGCGCCCUUUCCAACAACGCCAGAGGCACCCUUGUGACAAUCACCCAUGGCACGGUGGAUGAAUCCGCCAUCGGGGAGAAAAGGGCAGGAUACGAGAAGCGCUUCACUGUCGGAUCCAGUCACGUCUAUCCGGAGUUCGGUGAGAAGGUGUGGUCUGAGCUGCCUAAAUGGAUACAGUCAGGCAACAUUGUGCCCUUUUCGUUCAGAACCAUCAGAGGUCUUGACGCAGCAGCGGUGAACGCAGCUAUUGACGAGUACCGAAGUGGAGGAGAGGUGGUAAAGGCCGUUGUUGUGCCUCAUGAACAGGCCUCUUAG